CUUCAAUUGGGAGGGGAAAACAUGUUUUCUUAAAAGACCAACAGAUUACCCUCAAAGUUUGCUCCAAUCUCCAUGUUUGGUUUAACAUGGGACUUACAGAGUGGUAUUUUCUACCAAUUUUUUUUGUUCAUUCUUUCGUUGCAAAUGCAGAAAAAAUAUCAGAAAUGAAUCAAGACUUUUGCAUCUUCUCAAAUGAAUUAUUUUCCUCUAAUGUAUCUUUCAUGGUACAGUGUAAACAAAGACUUGAAGUGGUAUCAUAUUUCAGAAAUAAAGAUCAGUGGGAAUGUGAUGUGCUCGGUUCACUGAUCACGAUUAAUGAAAAUGUAAAAAUACUUCAAACAUUGAAUUGUUAGUUUCUGGCAUUAUUAGAGAAUAUUAAAGACCAUUAUACCUUGUGGUUUCACGUUGAAAAUAAACAACCAAGGAAUAUGAUGAUGCUAUCAAAAUAUCAAAUUGAUGUGAAAUUCUGAUAGGAGAUAACUUGUGUGAAAUGAAACUGGUGCACACAAGGAUUUUCCAUAGUGGAACUCUCAAAACCAAAGGACUAAGCUAACUAAGCUAACUAACCUGAGCUAAGAAAAUGCUCAGAUUGCAUCAAAUAAUGUCUUCGAAAAAACAUUUUUUCUGGGGGAACACACCCCGGACCCCCCCCCCCAAGAUCAGACAUCCCCAAGUAGGUGUACCAGCUCAAAAUAUAGCCCUUGCACCCAUGGUUCUCCAGUCAUUCUCUUCAAUUGGGUGUUGUUCCUAAGUCAUCCUCUUCAAUGCAACAGGGCAUUGUUCUU